CCCGCGGAGCCGGAAGCAGCGGCGGCCUUGGUUUUGGCGGCGGCCUUGGUGGUGAGCGGAGGAGCCGAGGCCGGCCGGCGCUGCCCCAGCCGAGCGGGGCCCAUGAGGCGGCUGUGCUGACGGAGGCGAGCCGGGCUGGGCCGAGAUGAAGCUGAGCACGCAGGCCUACUGCAAGAUGGUGCUCCACGGCGCCAAGUACCCGCACUGCGCCGUCAACGGGCUCUUGGUGGCCGAGAAGCAGCCGCAGCAACAGCACCACCGAGGCCGGGAGCGGGAGUCGCCUCAGCCGCCGCCGCCGCCGCCGCCUCACGCGCUCUUCGUGGACUGCGUCCCGCUUUUCCACGGCUGCCUCGCCCUGGCGCCCAUGCUCGAGGUGGCCCUCACGCUGAUUGAUUCGUGGUGCAAAGAGAACAGCUAUGUAAUAGCUGGAUACUACCAAGCUAAUGAGCGUGUGAAGGAUGCCAGCCCAAACCAGGUCGCUGAAAAAGUUGCCUCUAGGAUUGCUGAAGGUUUCCACGACCCGGCCCUCAUAAUGGUGGACAAUACUAAAUUUACAAUGGAAUGCAUAGAACCGACGGUUCAUGUGUACGAGCAUCACGAAAACAAAUGGAGAUGCAAGGACCCGCAUUUUGAUUACUGUGAAGACUGGUCAGAAGCCCAGAGGAUCUCCGCCUCGCUUUUGGACAGCCGUACCUAUGAAACGCUAGUGGAUUUUGAUAAUCACUUGGAUGAUAUCCGAAACGAUUGGACAAACCCAGAGAUUAAUAAAGCUGUCCUACACCUCUGUUAGAGAGGUUCCCACUGACUUGACUUGCUGGCAUUUCCACUGUGCUGAAAAAAAAAGGAGGAAAGGGCGUGGGGCAGGAAUAAUGAUUUUUUUUGAAUGUAAAUGAAGUACUAAUGGUUCCUUCAGGUGGAAAGCCAAUGAGUGAGGCGCAUCACUGGGAAAAGGAUGUGUUGCUAUGCAGUCAAAUCUUUUUAAUGAGAAUCCUCGGGUUAUCACCCCUAGUUUGCAGCCUCCUCUGUGAACUCCCCUAACUGUUCAUCAUAACGUGUCGCUGUAACUCUCCGGCCAGGAACUAGAUCUGCUUGUCCAACUUAUUCAUAUUAAAAAGUUUUGACUACCUUUUUGUAACCUUUAGAGAGUAAUUUUUAAACAAAAGAUUUAUGAAAUAUCUUUCAGAGUUAAUCGCUAGUUUUAUUUUUUAAAAAUCGAAUCUAAACUAUUAGUGGAAAUUAUGUGACCAGUUUGAGAGCCGUCGUUCUAAGUGCUAGCGGUUGGCUGUUGUGUGCCACUGUACUUAUUGCACAAGGAAAAACAUAAUUGCUUGACAAGCAACAUCUGCCCCAGAUGCUACCAAGUUUCCUAGUUGUUCUGGGAGCGCUGCAAUUUUUUUUUUUGCCUACCAGACUCAGAUGUUAUGUGUCCGUUUGGUUUCACUUUGAAUGGUUUUGCCCAUUCCUUGGUUUUAAUGUGUCAUCGAACGGUCAACAAAACCCAAUGAAUCUUGGGUUCAGUUCUUGGGAUUCGUUUUGUAAGAGUGCUUCUCUUUUACCCUGUGGCUGAAAAAAACACCACUUGUAACUUCUUCCAUGCUUAAUGAUUGUACAAAUCCACGUCCAUUUGGCAAGAGAGGUUACAACCAUGGAUUUCGGAUCCUGACAUUCUACGGGCUGUGUUCAGGCAUGAGCUUACACUCCCUCUUCACCUUGGGUUCACACACUCCCUCUUCACCUUCUCCCUUCCUCCAUAUGUGAAGGAGGGGAGGAGACUGGAAGCUACCGUUCCUGGUACGACAAAGCAUAGCUUGCUAUUUUGUCCAAACCUUGCCAAACUAUUCAUUGGCAUUCUGGUUUGCACAAACCAUAGUUUGCCAGCUUCAGACAAAAAGCAAUCUGGUUUGUUGCAAACCUGGAAUGGAAUGUUUUAAUCUUCUCCCCUCUCACAUGGAAAAAGGAGGAAGGGAACAGGUGGGUCAGAAGAAUACAUUUGUCUAAGCUGCGUUGGAAUUGUUAAGUGUUGCACACAAAUACAGCUGUAGGUCUCUUAUGGAUGGUGCUCCUGUUCGUUAACAUCCUGUGUCUCUUGCAAACAGUCUUUAUAAAGUGAGUUUCAAACACUUUGAAUUGGUACUGAGCCAACUUUGUCGGUUCAAAAUAGGCUUGUCAUGUAAUAGUCUAGUGUAAAGGAAUCUUAAAAACAUUAGUACUGCUUACCUGUGUACCUUUAGUUUUUAUUCCUUCAUUUUUUUUAAAGAUUACCACUUACUGAAGGUUUGGCAUCUUCUUCUUUGUCCUUGUUUUAUAUGUAUUCUGUCUUUUCUACUCCUAUGGACCCUGUAUUGGCUUUAACCUUUAUUUAUAGCAUAUUCUAAAUUUUAAGCAGUAACAGUUCCGAGUUUUUGUGUUGGAAGAAACCUAUUUAGCCGACUCCCUGUGCUUUCUUGCUUUUCCCCAUCUUGAAAAUAAAACUGAUGAAACAU